AUGCGACCGAAGGAGCCCGGGCGGAACUGCGCCGGGGACGGGCCGGGGCCCGCACCUGGACCCAGACCCGGGGACCCAGCAGCAGUCAGCUCCGCAUCCCCGCCCGCAGCCAGUCCGGGCCGAGAGCCGUCGGCACAGCCCGAACCCGCUACCGGGCAGGCGCCGGGGGCUGGUCUGGGAGCAGGAUCCGGAUCCCAACCCGUCUCCGAAGCCCGGGCCGGAGCUCGCUCCGCCUCCAAGGCCGGAGCCAAGGCAGGAGCCCAGCGCGCGUCCACAUUGGCGGGCGUCCAGGGGAAUGCCCUGUCCGUGCCCGACAGCUCGGAUGCACCGUGGACCCGCUUCGUAUUCCAAGGGCCCUUUGGUCCCCGGGCCACUGGCCUGGGGACUGGAAAGGCGGCAGGCAUCUGGAAGACGCCGGCCGCCUACGUUGGCCGGCGGCCCGGGGUGUCCGGCCCCGAGCGCGCCGCCUUUAUUCGGGAGCUGGAGGAAGUGCUGUGUCCCAACCCACCGCCUGUCAAGAAGAUCACCCAAGAAGAUAUCAAAGUGAUGUUAUAUUUGCUGGAGGAGAGAGAGCGGGACCUGAAUACAGCCGCUCGCAUCGGCCAGUCCCUGGUGAAACAGAACAGCGUUUUGAUGGAGGAGAACAGCAAGCUGGAAGCCAUGCUGGGCUCAGCCAGGGAGGAGAUUUUACACCUCAGACACCAGGUGAACCUGCGGGAUGACCUCCUUCAGCUCUACUCAGACUCUGAGGAUGAGGAGGAGGAGGAAGAAGAGGAGGAGGAAGAGGAGGCGCAGCUGUGUGAUCAUCUCUGUGAUGCCCCCAAGCUGACUCCUCAGGAGGGGCCGAUGCAUCGCUGCCCGCAGCUGGAAGCCCUGCAGGAAAAGCUGAGGCUGCUGGAGGAGGAGAACGAUCAGCUGAGAGAGGAGGCCUCUCAAUUCGACACCCUUGAGGAUGAGGAGCAGAUGCUCAUUCUGGAAUGUGUGGAGCAGUUUUCGGAGGCCAGCCAGCAGAUGGCCGAGCUGUCGGAGGUGCUGGUGCUCAGGCUGGAAAACUAUGAGCGGCAGCAGAAGGAGAUCGCCCAGCUACAGGCCCGGAUAGUGAAGCUGCAGCAGCGCUGCCAGGCAUAUGGGGCUGAGACUGAGAAGUUGCAGCGGCAGCUGGCUUCGGAGAGAGAAAUGCAGUUCCAGGAAGAGGGCCUGCGGGAGAAGUACACAGAUUCUGGGGGCAUGCCCACUGAGUCCCAGAAAGAGGCGAAGACCCUUCGCCAGCAACCCCUGGUGUCCACUGGGUCCGUCACCCACUAUGCGUACAGUGUGCUUCUGGGGGCACUUCUCGGUUUCCAGGAGACCCUGGCUGAGGAGCUCAAAAUGUCUCUAAGGAGGAUUAUCUCAGAUCCUGUGUAUUUUAUGGAAAGAUACGACCUUCGCUACCAUGAGGAACGAGAGCAGGAACAGGGGUUUGAGGCCGAGGAGGGGCUGAUGCCGGCAGAGGAUAUUGUGCCAGAGGAAGAUUUCGAGCCUGCGGAGGAGUUGGUGCCUGAGCAGGAGCUGGGGGCUACAGAAGAGGGGGUGCUGGCUGAGGAAGGGGUGACUGAAGAGUCAGAGCUGGUGUCGGAGGACACUGAGGCCUGGGAGGAGGUGGAGCCGGAGCUGGAUGAGGCUACGCGGAUGAAUGUGGUGACCUCAGCCCUGGAGGCCAGUGGCCUGGGCCCUUCACACCUGGACAUGAAGUAUGUCCUCCAGCAGCUGGCCAGCUGGCAGGAUGCCCAUUACAGGCGACAGCUGAGGCAGAAGAUGUUCCAGAAAGGUGAGUGCUCCCAUGGGGGCCUCCCUCCGGCCAGUCGGACAAGCUGCAGAUCAUCAAGCCGAUGAAAGGUGAGGGUAGGUGAGCCCCCCAAGUGCUCACUUACCCCAUUCUGGCCCUGCCCAGCGUGCUGAUUUGCACGGACUUUGCAUAUCAUUUGCAUAGGUACCUCAGGUUCCCUUCAAUGGGAACUGUGGCCCCAAUGCUCAUUUAUGUCGAAUUUGCUUAGGCUUCCAGAUCUCCAUCCAUUUUUCUCAUGGGGGAUGGGCUGGGGGUCAGAGCUGGGACUCUGUCCCCCCCACUGCACCUCAGCUUCCUGUCUCUGCCUGCCCCCUUCCUUUAUCCUUCACUCCUGCCUCUCCUGUCCCCAAUGCUCCCUAACCCUGCAGCAGUGGCAGCAGCAGGCCAAAACAAACAUGGGGGGGCGGGAUCGUGGAGCAGCAGCCCAGGGUGCUGACCCAGGACUUUUGGAGGCUGGAGGAGGACAGGGCCAACCACCCUCCCAUGGCCUGGGAGGAAGAGGGGCCUGCUGGGGUCACCCAGGUCAUUGGGACGAAGGCCUCCGCCAGCAAGGGCCACAGUCGGAGCCGUCCCCUGGGUGAGUCUGAAGGUGGGCUAGGGUCUCCUACAGGGUGGUUGGGGGGGUGGGUUAGGUUCUUCUCUCCCCAGCUCAAAACCCCCAGGUUUGGGGAGCUGUACCUGCUGAGUGCAGGCCAUGGGAGCCCUGCCUUUAAGGAGCUCAUGGUGAUAUCAAGGAUGACCUAGUGACUUUCACGCAAGUGGGACCCUUUACACAUGUGUUAGCUCCUGUGACCCUCACGCCCCUGUAGGUAGGUGUUAUUAUCUUCCAUUUCCUAGGUGAGGGAACAGGCUCAGAGAGCUGAAGUGACUUGUUCAAGGAAGGCUACUGUGCCAUAAUGCCUUCCCUGGCCCAUCCCUCCCCUCUGAUGCUGUUCUGGUGCCCCAUCUGGCCUGCUGGGUCAACCCUGAAGUUAUAACUUGUUGGUGGCCUCCAUCUUAUCUAGCCUGUCCCUACUCUGAUGGCAUUUUGGUCACUGCUGGGUGGAAUAGCACUGGCCUCAGCAGGGCUGCCAUGUGAAGAAGUACAGGUUGUAAACUGAACCGUGACCUCCAUGGCUGGGCAGUGGGCAACCUGCAUAGCUAUCAAUGGUGGCUUUCUGUUUCCUUCUGAUACAGCUGGCCAGAUCCCUGCCUGAUGCCCAGGCCAGGCCUAUGGUUGUCAGGAGCCCAGUUCACAUCCACCCCCUUCUCUUCCAGGCUUUGCUGUUUCCCAGCAGCCUGCAGAGGCCCCACAGACAGCUUGAGGCCCCUCCUGCUGCGUGGCCAAGCCCGACCCAUCCCAGACCCUCCUUCCCAUCCUCUGAAACGAGACCCCAUGUCUGUCACUUGCCCACCCCCUGUCCUGAGGAACCUGGGCUGGAGCUUGAGGGCCCAAGCCUCGACCCUCUUUGGGGACUGGCAGAAGGAACCCCGGCCCUCAUUCUGCAGCUGGUGCAAAAGCUGUGGCUGCUGGGCCUGGAUCACGUGGUGGCUUAGAUGGCAGAAGAAGCCUGAGGGGAGGCCCACUAGCUACCAGACCCAGCUCUGAGACGGGGCUGACUGAGCUGGGGGUGGAGGCUCAGAUCCCAGGUAUAGGAAGUGUUGUGAGUAUCCUCCGAACAGCUCUUCACCCCUUGACCCUCAUAUUAAAUGUGGUUCCCAAGUCUUGCUGACUUAAGGACCUGGUCCUCUUCCCCUGUUCUUUGUCCUUACCAUUUGUAACCAGAAGUGUCUGUGUGUGUGUUGGUGGGUGGGCGUGGGGUCCCUCUGCCCAGUGAGGUGCCUCCCCUCCAUCUCCUCCCUGCCUAUGGCCUGUGAGGGUCCAGUCUCCCCACCCAAAGCCCACCCAAGGCCCAGUCUCUCCCUCCUGCUGUCCUCCCUCAGUGCCCCGUGUUUUCUCAUUUGAGAUGUUCUGCCUCUUCCCACCCCUUUGCCCAUAAGUAACUGGGGUCUGGGGCUCAGGACCUCCGUCAGUGACUGCCCCACUGCCCACAGUGCUUCUCAGUCUCCUGUUACUUGUCAGCUUGUGUAUGUGCCAGUGCAGGAAAUAAAAAACCUGUGUGCUACCGA